UUUUUUUAAUAAUAGUUUCAUAUUUCCACAAACAAUAAUAGUACUGUGUACAAAAGUACUUUGGCAAAAUUGUGUGGCAACAGACGUUCCUCUAAGAGAGGAAAUUUUGGGUGGGAAUUCCUUCUGAUAAGAAGAAUAUCCCAAAUGAACAAGAAGAAAAGAAACUGGGAAUGCACAAGACAAAGAAUGAACAAGUGAAGUAUUUACAGCUUUGCUAGACUCUGUUCUUUUUAUUUAAAACUCAUUUAAACUUCUGAAAAGAUGCAAUUCAGGAAGAUCAUUUUAAAUUCCUUGUACUUCUUUUUCCCAAAUGUUUAUGUUGAUAAAACUUAGCGAAAAAUAUCUCCAAAACCUAACCGGAAAACUGCAUUAACACACACGCACACAAAACAGAAGAACUGUGUGUUUACUCCUUUUUUUGCUGCUAUUUCUAAGAAUCACAUACUUAACAUGUUAUUCAUGAUAAUAAUAAAAACUACUUUUAUAGGCCAAAUUUAAACAAUUUUAGAAAAGGCUCAGUCAAAUCUUCUGUGUUGUACCAUAUUUAAAAAAAUAUAUUUUAAAAAAACAACAACAACAUAAUAAAAAAUGUACCAGUUUAUCCCACCCAAAUCCUGUUAGAAGGCUUUCAACCGAUAAAGGCCUUUUCACGCGUGGACCAAAAACAGAGGCGGUGGUGUGUAAUUGGCCCCACGGACGGUAGGCGGCAGUGCGGAGCGGCACAGGAAGGAUCCUCUGCCGGUGACCCCGCUGCUGUCCGGCCGGAAGCCAUCCUCCCCUGCCCUCUGCCUCCGCGACGUGACACAUCUGUGUGGGGUGGAAUCGUUUACUCAGAUCGAAAUGCGGCGAGCCGAUAAGCGGCGGCUGCUGUGGUGGCGGUGAAGCCGCGGAAAGAUAAGGAGAUACGGAGACGCCUGCGCCUCUGCGAGCCGACUGAAGCUAACCGAGCUAGCAUGUGUUAUCUUAGCCCUGACAGCUACCGGGGGGGCGGGAGAGGGGGGGAUGCUUGUCAGAAAAUGAAGCUAUGAACUACCGUAGCAGACGCGGUGAAGAUGGUGUGAGCGGGCUGAGGCUCACCUGCUGAGCCAGCAGGACUCCGGCGGCCAUGAAGGAGGAGGGCGGGCCGGAGCGGCCGGUUCUGUUCGAGGACCCGGACUUCCCGCCGGACGACACCUCCCUGUUCUCUCACAGCUCCACGCCGAUAGCCAGGCUGCGGGGAGACGUCACCUGGGAGCGGCCGCAGGUGCUCCCUCCGGGUCAGCCCCAGUGGGGCGACGGUGGGUACAGGGGCUCCUUUCAUUUUCGCUUUUGGCAGCAGGGGCUUUGGACGGAGGUGACCGUCGACGACCGCCUGCCCUGUGUGAAUUCUGCUCUCUGCUUCUCACGCUGCCACUCCCCUGCUGCUUUUUGGGUAGCCUUGUUGGAAAAGGCUUAUGCCAAGCUUCAUGGUUCAUACGAGCUGCUGUGGGCGGGGCAGGUGUCCGAGGCCCUGGUGGAUCUGACCGGAGGCCUCGCCGAACGCUGGAGCCUGGGAGACGUGGGCCCGGAGGAGGAGCAGCAGGCCGAGCAGGACAGCGAUCAGAUGAGGCGGAAAAAGCUGAAUCUAAGCCUUCUGCGCCCAGUGAAGGAUGACUGUGCCCUGAGCUGCUCCACUCACAGCACCCCCGCAGGUGUCUGUGAGCUGGGACAGUACCACGCGCUGACUGUGAUGGAGUGGCUGGACGUUAAGAAGGCGUCGGGCAGCGAAGAGCAGCUGCUUCGGAUCAGAAACCCCUGGGGACGAUGCUGCUGGGGCGGCGCUUGGACACAGAGUGGUGCCGGUUGGAGUUGUAUCGACCCCGUUCUUGCCUCGGACCUUCAGUCCAGGGUGGCUGAGGGAGAAUUUUGGCUGGAUGAGGCUGAGUUUAGGUCACAGUUUGACGAUGUGACAGUGGGAUAUCCAAUCAGCAAAGACGGACAUUUGAAGAGUAUCUAUACAGGAAAUCUCCUGACACACAACCAUCAGCUGGCCGGCCGGUGGAUCAAGGGGCUCUCUGCUGGAGGCAGCCGAAACAGCAGCAGCUACAGCAACAAUCCCAAGUUUUGGCUCAAAGUGUGUGAGCGAGGAGAGGUGCUGGCCUCCCUGCUGCAGCAUAGAAAAUGGAGGAACACGGAGAAACGCGCACAAACGCAACGUAACGACGACAACAACACACAGCACCAGCACUACCAAGCCAUUGCUCUUCACGUGUGGAAGGUGGAAAAGAAGCGUUUUAAUCUGAGCAGGGUGUUGAACAAACCGCCCUGUGCCUCCACUCACUGCCAUGCCUACGAGAGAGAGGUGGUCCUCCACAGGUACCUGGAACCUGGACACUACAUUCUUAUCCCCAGCACCUACCAGCCCGGAGCUGAGGCCCGCUUUCUCAUCAGGGUCUUUUCCUCCUCCUCCACCUCCCUCAGUGCCCUGAAAAGCCCAGCACCCUCACUGCCAUUGACCACAGAUGGCGAAUGGGAGACCAGUUAUUUCCAAGGCUUGUGGGAGGCGGGAAGGACGGCCGGGGGAAGCAGAAACUUCCCGUCCCACUGGCAAAACCCCUGCUUCCCUUUUACUGUGUCUGACGAUCCGACGGCGGCGGCGGCCGUUAACGUCAGUGUCACCCUGCACCAGAGCCGCCCCGACAGCGACCUACACCCCAUCGGCUUCCACAUUUAUAAGGUCUCUGCGGGGGACUCUGAAGAGAAGAUAGCCAGGGAUGAGGAUCCUGUGGCCAGCUGUGUCCCCCACUGUUACACACAGGACGUCAGUCUGGACUGCUCUCUUCCUCCUGGCCACUACACCAUUGUACCGUCGACCUAUGAGCCCGACUGCCCUGCAAACUUCACUCUCUGCCUGGCUCGCAGAAUACACCGGUUAGCCCUGUUCCUCAUAGUUUCACAGUUAAUCACUGAUUCAGGGGAAAGUGGUGAAAAGUUGGGAAAGGCUCGGCAGAGCCAUCGAAGAGACUUCGACUACAGCUCUGUUUGGACCAGAACAGAACCUCUGUUUCAAGUUGCCGCCGGAACAGAUGACAAGCAAAGGGAUGAAAUGAGGAAAGCGGCACAUCAGAGGAAGCCACUUCACAAGAAGAAGCCGCCAGUCCCCUUCAUGUUGGCACUGCGCAUGUGCGCUGGUGUGUGUCUGCCAGCUCGUACCCAUGUCGAUGAACUGAAGUGACUGGGUUUCUGAUCACUCCGGAGCCAGGGUUACCGUACUUUUAGAAAGCUAUGAUUAACCGAUCCGGGUGAUAACUUUGGAAUAUUUAUUUUGUUGGAAGCUGUGAUGAAUAAAGCUGUCAAA